UUGCAGCGCUCAAUUCACCGGCUUGCAGCUCAAAACAAGCUACUUACUCUUGAAAACCAGCAGCUUCGCCUUGCAGUUACUACUAAGAAGAAGCGCAAGAACAAGGGCAAGCCGCUAACCCUACAACAAGAGCAGCAGUAUGAGCACAAUCCUCUCUUCUUCUUGCCGCGCAAGGUACAAGAAGCUUGCAAUCGCAAGCAAGCCACGCAACAACAGAAAUGUGACAAAGCGGCAGCAAUUAUUGAGCAACGGCAGAUACAAAACCAAAACAAGAUACUCCAAGAACAGCUACAACAGGAGAAGCGUGUGGCGCGAGAGGAAGCCAAGAAGGUGCGGGAGUCUGAGAAACAACGGCAGAAGGCAGCUCGCAACACUGCCACAGCUAUACAACUGUCCCAAUCUGGCGAGCGCAAGGCCUCACAGAGUCUUCCUGCAAACCCUUGCAAAAAACAGAGGCGUGUGGGUGGUGCUGUGGGUGGUGUGGCCACAACGGUGGGCGCCUCAAGCCCUCCACCAAAAGCCACCUUGCGUGGCCGCAACAUGCAACUCCCACACAAGUAUCGAUAG